GCAGCAGGAGCCCUAGUCCCAAAGAGAGCUAUAGCUCGUUUAAAAUGGAGGAGCUGGCUCUAAGUGCCUUGCUGGAAUGCCCUCUGUGUUUUGAACCACUGGAUGUGUCAGCCAAGGUCCUGCCCUGCCAGCACACGUUUUGUAUGUCCUGCCUGCAGAUGCAGGAGACAGCACACUCCCAGCUGCUCUGCCCCGAGUGUCGCGCUCCUGUUCAGGCCAGGACGGUGGAGGAGCUUCCUGCAAACGUCCUGCUAGUGCAGCUCCUGGAGCGGCUGCGGGGCCCACAGGGGCCCAGCAGGGACAGACAGACAGACCGUUACGCAGUGCCCUUGGUCAGGGGAGGCUUGAGAGUUAGGGAGGGUCAGCAGCAGCAGCAGCAGCAGCAGGAGAGUCAACACAGAGAGAAGCAAGGGCACAAUGAGCUUGCUCUCAGAGCUGUCAUGCGAAACCAACGAGAUUACUUGUCAGAAGAGCCAGUCCUCGCGCCUGCUAACGGGAUCACCCCAAAACGCAACAUGGAUGAGAGCUGGCACCACGGAAACACCGGUAACAGUAGCAGUGCAUCCGUCACUGCCAGUACCCUGCAGGCCUUUAGCCAGAUGCCACAGCCCCUCCAGCAGUCCCAACCUCCGGCUUUCUGCAGGGCGCUGCAUGACUUUAACCCCGAAGAGAGGAAUCUGGAAGACAGUAAAUAUUGUCUCAACUUCCUCAAGGGAGACAUCCUGAGUGUCAUCCGACGGGUGGAUGAACACUGGAUUGAAGCAAAGCUUGGUGAGAAAGUUGGAAUUUUCCCUCUGCAGUUUACAGAGCCAAACCCAGCGGCUGCCAAACUGCUAGAGGGAAAGAAUCGGAGGAGGAGUGACUCAGCAGAAUUUCAACAUCGGACUGGGAGUGGGGGCAAAGACAAGACCACUGACGUAUCCAAUAGGACCACCCAUUAUCGAGUCCUUCAAGUCCCAGCAAAGACACCCAUGAUCAAUGCUUUGCCCCUCACCAACCAGCGGAAACAGCCCGCAGCCAUCAGCAACAACUUUUAUCCGACUACCAAAGGAGAGACAACCAAUAUCAGCAGCUUCGACCGUCAGAGUCGGCAACAGCACCUCUCGGUGUCUCUUGCUGCCCGGGGCCACUCUCAUCCAUCUAGAGUGAACUCUCAGCGAAUUAGACGCCACUCUGACACUACACACAGACACCUGUUACAGAGUGAGAAGAAGAUGACCAGUGAGACUCCACCCAACAUCUCUAUGGCUCUGGUAAACCCCCAAAUGUCCUCUGCCUCUGCUGACAGCAAAAACUCCUCUACGCAACAGCUCUCCAUCAGUGUGUGUGCCGUCCUGUACUCCUACAAACCACGACGACCUGAGGAGCUGGAGCUGAGGAAAGGAGAGAUGGUUGGAGUGUACGGAAAGUUCAAAGAAGGCUGGCUGCGUGGGUUAUCGCUCAGAACAGGCAAAGUGGGCAUUCUGCCCAGCAACUACAUCACGCCUGUGCUCAGAACCUCGGCCAGACUUCUGGAGAGCAAAGCAGCUAAUGCGUCCUCACAGUACAACACAGUGGCUGGAAAGAAACCCACAGCUGCCAAGAAUCCUGCUGUGGUCCUUGCUCUUGAUAGGGUAAACUCUGAUGGAGCGAUAUACUCAACAGGACAGGUCCCAUCUGUGCCAAAUGGAGCACAGCAUGCAAUGUCAUCUACUGGUGCCGGGAAACCGUCCCUUUAUGGGGGUUCACAAGGUUGGGACACUGUAAGGCGAAUCUUUAACCCUCAUAGAGCCUCAAACCAUUUCUCCCAUACGUCCAAUAUGAACGCCCUGUCCAACUCACAUCACUUUGCACAAGUUCAGGCGUCCGGCUACUCACCUGCCCUGCAGAGAAAGAAGUACAGCAGCGUCCUGUCCAACUCUGGCAGACCACGGGGCUGGAUGCCUGAGCCAGCAGCGCCCUCUGCUGCUGCAGUUUUUAUGGACAGGGACUUCACUGCUUCACAUGAGGCAAGAUUUCAGCAAGACAGACAGCCUCCCAAUGGGCCUCACUCUAUUCUAGUCAGACCUGACUCACACAAGAAUAAUACAGAGAAGCGGGCAAAGUCAGUGAGGUUCUUAACAGAUGAAGACUCCCCUCCUCCAAGACGUCGGACCUCCUCCUGGUCGUCAGGAAAUCAUGUUCCCUCCAGCUCCCGCCCUGGACCCCCUGCGUUAGAAGUGUGGGCCCCAUCGCUCACAUUGGGAAGAGACGGACCAGGGAUUAUUCUCAAAGAAGGAAAAGCUCCUAUUCUCAGAAAAGGCCUUGAAACUGCCACGUCAGAUCUAAAUUCUAACACGCAAAAACAAAUGUUGUCACAGCCGUCGCUAACAGCUGUUUCAGCUCAGUUUAGCCCCAGCAGACACAGAGUGACGACAACACAUUUAGCCCAGACAGACUCAGAGCUUAGUCUGCUUCAAGGAGAGUUGGUCCUCGUCCACAGACCUCGACCUGAUGGACGGGUUCUAAUUACUCAGGAGAGCAAUGGGCAGACAGGCUUAUUUCACAGCAUCGUUCUUCAAGCCCUCGAGAGGCUCAGCUGACUGUGUAGUACUCCUGUAAUAGUGUACAUUUCUAUAUUCCACGUGUUCAGCUGCCAAAUGACUUGACUGACCUGGUGAGGUGGUGAGGUUCAAGGUUAAUACUGCCAUUGACAAUCCUUUAAAGAAGCUGUUUAUUUUGAUUCUGAUUGCAUAUGAGAGUGUGGUUAAAUUUUCCAUAGACAUAUUGUGUGUUCUUCAAUGUAUGUGCAUGUUUGUACACAUGUACUAUUAUAAGAUUUGCACAAAAUCCCACCUAAUGACUGUUCCUUGUUUGAUACCCAUGUUACACGCAUUGGUGAGUGCCUUUGUCAUAACCCACAAAGAAACAAACUAUAUUUAAAUAUAUUUAGUGAAAUGAUGAGGUAAAUAUGUACUGCGUAUGUGGUAAUAAACUAUACUUCCAGAA